UUUUAUAUGGCGGACAUGAAAUGAACAGGAAGUAUUUAAGAGAUGCCAGAGUAUAUUGCGUCCUUCAAUUUAAACUGAAGAAAAGUUCUUGGAUGCUGCAGUUUAUUAGCACACCAAUGGAAGCAAUUUAAGAAUUAUAAAACAUGGCUGAGAGUAUCGAAACAAGACGCAAUAACUGGAUGAGAGUGGUCUGGGGUCUCAUGAACUUGAAAAACGGUCUCCAGGGAUGGGUAGAUACAAAAAGCGAACAGCAGUACAAAACAUUCUUAAUUAAUGUGAAUGCAAAGUGUAAAACACAGGCAUAUGAUCAAUGUCAGGUGAACAGUAAAUGCCAAAACGGCAAGACUAAAGUAAAACCCCCAUUCAGGCCAGCCCAUUUCUGUGAUGAAAUGUACAAAGAGAUACAAAACAAUCAUGUUAGAAAUAAGCCAUUCUGGAUGAAUACAGAUUCUACGAAAUGGCAGGAUCCACAAGUCGGUUACUGGGAGGUGGCUAAGUGUUAUCUCAGUUCACCUGGCUACUUGAACAAAACGAGUUCAUAUCAGAUAGACGCUUCAGGACUUUUAAGUAUCUGUAAAAACAGUAUGUUUAUACAUCAACAUAUAGUAAAUAUUCAGCAUUUUAUAGAGGUGCAACAGAUAAGGAAUAUUGUCAUGCAUAACGCUCAUUGUGAGCUGGACAAACACACAACAGACGCAUUCCUGGACAAGAUGAUUGCCGUACUGGAAGAUCCACAGGAACUUGUGCAUGAUACAUUUGCUAAGCAUGCCGCUAAUCAAAUAAGAAACAUCAAGCACAAUACUGUCAAGGUACCGGCUGUUAAUUAUGAAGCCUUAAACAAAUUGAUGCUGACAAACUUCGAAGAAAAACCGUGCGAAGUGAAUGAACUGAUUGAUAGGCUUCGCAAAGACCUAGCAGGGUUCAUAGAUGACGAGAACAAACAUGAGUUGAGACACACUAUAUGUGAUGACACUGGUAACGACGAAAGGGAACAAACUGUACAAGGUGACAACGCAGCCGUUUGCAAUGCUGAGCCCGAUUCAGACGCUGACGCUAUACACGACGUUGGUUUACCGCAGAUUUGGACCCUUGCUGAUAUUGUAUUAGUUCUGAUGACUGGAUACGGGCACAAGUGGCAGAAGCCGAAAGACUUCAACGAUGAAAAAUUUCUCGAAAUGAUCGAUGCUCCGAGAUUUGAUUGGCCAUGCAAGACAUUGGAAGAAUACGGGCUCACACGCGAGUUGGAACAUACUUUAUUAGAUAAGAGUGGUCACGGCGAAAGGGAACAAAACGUGAAAGUUCAGCAACGUGAAGAACACAACAAGGAUUCUGACAAAGAUGACUGGGGUAUUUGUUUGAAGAAUGUUGACAUUGAAGGCAUUUGGGAGUUACUAAAAGAUGAAAAGGAUGGAACCGUUCAAGGCAGAAUAAGAAGACAAGGCGUGAACGACAAGACGUUUGCCCUCACUGCAGCCCAUGUAGCCUUAAAGGAAGAAGAAGUUACGAGGCGCAGAACAGAGCUUGAAGUUUAUGAAGGAGACCGCCUUAAACGUUUUGGUUUGCCAGUUGCUAUGUCUACACCGGGCCUGCAAUACGUCUCAGUUACUAAAGCAGCACUUGGAGGUGAAAGGCACGUGGAUGUGGCGCUCCUGGAAUUGCCUAAAAAACUUCAGCUAGCGGAUAUUGACUGGGAUUGGGACGACCUUGGAUUCACAAGGGCACCAUCACUUCUAAAUGGUUUCCAACUGUGGGCACCCUCAUUUAAUGACAUUGUCAUAAAAUAUGGUAUGACAACAGGUGUAACGAUUGGAAAAGUUCGAGGAAUAGAUUCUUCGUUUGAAACUAAGGAAACAGGUUUUAUUGAAAUACAACCUUGGCAACCGAGGAAGACGCAACCCGGGGACUUUGGGACGCAGGCUUCUGUACCUGGGACCUCCAGAUUGCCAUUUUCUCGACAUGGUGACUCCGGAUCGCUCGUUUUCGUAGUGAAUAAAGAUAUCAUUAAAAGCCCUCCACGAGGUGGCAGCAAUUUAAAUGGAAGGGACCUGGCUGUCGUCGGAAUGGUUAAUAUGGGACAAGAGGGCGAUGAUAUGUUUUAUGCAACGCACAUUGAUGCAACCAUGGCUGCUCUAGGAAGCGAAUACAGAUUUGACGAGUAAAGCAUAC